GAACAAUAUUUAGUAUUGUAUAUAGAAUUGGCAACCCCGUAUCAUCUGUUGAUUCAUAUCAUUCAUCAAAGUAAUUUUGAUUCACAUUUCAUUUCCGUUCCUUCAUUCAUUUCAUUCUUAUUUAUCCGCCUAUGAUAGGCUAUGUGUUAUAAUAACUUAUACUUGUUUAAUUGAUAUUCUAUAUAUAUAAACUUCAUAAAUUGAUUUUUCCUGUAAGUGCCAGUAAGACAAUCAAAAUGAAUACCAUAUCCAGUGAGCUUAGCAUGAACGAUCUGAACCAUAAGUUUUUUGAGAUUAUGCAAAAUGAAACCUGCGUUGAAGAGGCCACAAAUUUUAUAUACGACAGUAUAUUUGAAGAUGUGACUGUAGGUAUCAUGUUUGAAUUUCAUCACGGAUUGAAGACUGGAUUGACAGAUUUGAUCGAAGGUGAAAAGGAGGAGGAUGAUGGGUACAAGAUAGUCAACUCAUCAGAUUGCGAUGUUUUUGGGUUUCCCAUUAUGAAAAAAACCCCGGAUUGCAACUGCUCGUGUCCGAACUGCGAAAGGCCGGUGUCAGCAACGAGAUUUGCUCCACACUUAGAGAAAUGCAUGGGAAUGGGCCGUAACAGCUCUCGUAUUGCAUCACGCCGCAUCGCCUCCAACAGUCGAGAACCAACUUCGUACGCUGGACUUUUGAGUGACGAUGAUGAUGACGCUGACUGGGCGGGCAGUUCAUUGCCAAGUGAGCGGCGCAAGAGAAGGAUUAAGAACAACAAUAAUCGGAAACCAAAUAAGUUACAUAACGGCAAUAGGAACAAUGGCAAUCAGAAUUCUGAUUCUCACGACGGUAGCGCCACCUAUGAGACCAUGACAACCAAUGAAAAGAAGAAUCUCCUCUUGCAGAUUUGUGGAGUAGUAUCUGAACAUACAAAGAAAUUAUGUACAAGGUCAACUCGAUGCCCUCAACAUACAGAAGAACAACGUCGCGCCCUCCGGAAUACGAUCCUCGAGCCAUCUACACCAGAGAAUCAAACGGGGCUAACUGCUGAGGAGGCCGGCUCGCCCCCUGACUCCAGCCCAUCAUCAUCAUGCUCAUCAUCCAGCCGCAAGCGAGACCGACACCGUGCGCCCCCCAAAUUGAAAAACAAACGGGAUAGGAACAUAUCACCUAAUGGUAGAGAAUAAAGUUCUAAGAUCGGCAAGGAAAAUUAAUUGACAUAUAUCGCCACUGUUGAUGAAUAUAUUGGAUUUCUUGACGGUGUUUACCAUCAAUGCAGAAUUGGUGGGAAAUUUAAAUAUAUAAAAAGACAUUUCUUGACUAUGUUUAGAAACUUGACAUUUUGAAUAUUAGCUCCUUGUAAGCGAGCCAUGUACUAUGUGUUCUUGAAAAUUCUAAAUAUGGUUCUGCACGAUUGGCAAUGAGAAUAUAAUGAAGAAUAAAAUUAAACUUAUAACCACAGGGUGUUUAUGAGAGAGUAGAAUAUAUGAUAUGACGUCAGGUGAUGAUAGUAGUGGCUAUGGAACAGAUGAUUUAAGUCCUAAUGAAUCUUUGAUUAUUUAAUGUGUUUAUAGCUUAUUUCUAUCUAUAGAAAUGAAUCGAGUCUGUAGCACAGCAUGUCAGUUACUUUUGCUAAAUUCGAUUUCAAGAAAUGUAUGUUGAAAAUAUUUUUAUGAGGAUUGAUAAACAGCUUUACAAAUCUUAUUGUAGUACAGUAGUAGAGAUGAGUUAAAUAUUAAUAAUUUUCGAACAUCAGAGUUAUUAAUAAGGCUUUGUCUUUACAUAUAAGUACUUGGGUUGUCUGUCUGUGGUUCCAUCCUACUAUGAAAUAGAGAUGAAGGCAGCAAAUGAACUAUAUUGAUGUUUCAAUGUAUAACCCUUUGCUUUAUAACUAAGGAAUGUCACUUGCUUGGACUUGUAUGCGGACGCGACUACAUUAUACAUAUGAUCUCACUUAUAUAAUAGUAUAAUAAGCCCAUAUAUUAGUAUAACUCAGUUCUAUCUGGCUACCUUGUAAGGGACCUGGCGUGAAGAUGUAGAUAGAUAUUACUAUACAUAUUUUCCAUCUAUGUAGCAGUGAAAACAAGUCGCUUGUCUUUUCCAGUUUCGACACUAUAGACUUUCUACAUUGCUGUCACUUUCUGUAGUAUAUAAGAUGCUAACAAAUUAUUUGUAUCCCCUGAUACUUUUAUAUAUAGUGUUGUAGCGAUGAUAGCUGAGCUACAUAUAACAUAUUAGCGACCCGCCCGGCGUCGCACGGAUGCAUUACAAAUCUUUGAAUUUGUCGGCUAUAUUAUAACACGCAUAUAUUAUACAUAUAAAACUGCGUCUUGAAUUAUUAUAUGUAUUGCCGAAAACUGCAUUAAAAUCCGUUGCGUAAUAUAAAAGAUAUAAGCGAACAGACAACGUCGACGUCUUUGUUUUAUACUAUGUAAAGAUUAUGUUAAUAAAUUAAUUUCAUGACUUGGUAGCAUCAAAUUAUUUAAAAAAAUCCUUUACUACUCGCAUUUUUUCACAUGUCUGUGUCAAUAACAUACAAUGAAAAAAAUACGAGUAAUUUAGGUGAUAAGACUUCAAAGAUACAUUGUAAUACGUACCAAAGUACAUUGUAACCAAAGAGACAAAAAAAAUUAAAUGCCAAUUUACACAAAACGGUAUAUUGGAUUUUUAUGUGAAAUUUUUUUUAGCAUAACACCAUAUCUGCAUGUAGAUAAUCUGGUAGCAUCUUAUAUUUAAAUACACAUUUAUAGUUGUACUAUCUACAUGAUAUUAAUAACAUUCUUCUUGAUGUUAAAUGUUAU